GAAUAAUAACGUAGGCAACGCUUCAGCUCAGUGAAAUUUUAUUAGUGUUUACAUUUUCCGGUUUUUGGCGGGAUUUACAAUGCUUGUGCUGCCUGUUACGGCUGGGAGACGAAACAAAGCAAGUUCCAGAGGUCAAUUCAUUGAUAAGGGAGGGGGAGGGGUCAAUUUGCUAAACUGUGAUUUCAUGGAAUGAGUUUGAAAGGUGCCUCGCGUGUGUUUGGUAGUUGUCAUUAAUUUAUUCCCUGUGUGUCUAUGCGCAGUUUCCUCGCUCGUCAACCGAGAGAACUGGGAGCGAGCCUGCUCAUUGGCCAAGGCACUUGUGACACAGCAGAGCUCUCGACAAGCGCCUGUGUUCCAGACAGCAGGCGCGAAGUCGCGCGCGCGCGAUGAGCGCGUCGAGGAAGCGCAAGGCAUCCUCGCCGCCGCCGGCCUCCGGCAAGAGGAAGGACUCACCGUGUGUUCCAGUCGACUUCAGUCAGUUUAUGAAGGCGGGGACGCUGGCGAGGAUCGUGGUCAGGAACUUCAUGUGCCACGACAUGCUGGUGGUGCAGCUGAAGAGCGGCAUGAACUACCUGAUGGGCCGCAACGGCAGCGGCAAGAGCGCCAUCCUGACGGCCGUGGUGGUGGGCCUGGGCGGCAAGGCCAGUGUCACCAACCGGGGCAACUCUCUCAAAGAGUUCAUCAAGAAAGGCCAGAACUUCUGCUCAAUUGAAAUCACAUUGAACAAUGUUGGCAUGGAUGCAUACAAGCCAGAAGUGUUUGGAGACAAUAUAGUCGUCUUCAGGGCCAUCAACAGCUCCGGGGUGUCUGCCUACAAGAUCAAGUCAUCAUCAGGGGAGCUGGUGAGCAACAAGCGGGACGAGCUGGAGAAGAUAGUGACUGCCUUCAACAUCCAGGUGGACAACCCAGUGUGCGUGCUGAACCAGGACACUGCACGCACCUUCCUCAACUCCAGCGACCCUCGCGACAAGUUCAAGAUGUUCGUGCGCGCCACCUACCUGGAGUACAUCCAGCGCUCCCUGGACGAUGCGCUGGAGUGCGUCUCCAAGUCCCGCACCAUCCUCAAGAAGAAGACUGAGGCGUUCCGGUCCACGGAGAAGGAGAUGAAGGCGCUGGAGGACAAGUGGAACCGUGUGCAAGGGCUCCAGACGCAUCAGGAUCGCUGCGUGGCUCUGCAGAGUGAGCUGCCCUGGGCCCAGGCUGCGGAGGCAGAGUCGGCAGCGCAGAGCGCGUCGGAGGAGUUGGAAGCCGUGCGCAAGACCACGGAACAACUGGAGAGUCAGGUGGAGGCGCUGAACAAGCAGAUCUCGGAACUGCAAGCAGCGAAGAGCUCGCUGGGCCAGAAGCUGGACGACUACCGGAACGAGCGCGACGUGCUGGAGGUGCAGACCCGGCGGCUGCGCGCACAGCUGCAGGAGCGCAAGCGCGAGCGGCGCGAGAUGGCCCAGGCCGCGCAGGUCCUGGAGGACAGGAUCCUGCAGCACGAGGAGAACGCUGCGGCCCUGCUCGCCCAGAUCAGCGACAUCCAGGCCAGGUCUGAGGGGCAGGACCAGCGAGAGAGGGAGCGCGUGUCCCAGGAGCGAGCACGCCUGCAGCAGCAGCUGGAGAGCUUGGCGGUGGUGGAGGGCACGUGCCAGGGAAACUCCCGCAGCCUGCAGGCUCAGCUGCUCAGGGCUCGUGAGGAACUGGCGCAGCUUCAGCGUGAGAAGCUGGUCCUCUCCUCUAGCAUGAAGCGGACACAGCAGGACCUGGCGUCGGUGCGCAGCAGUGCGCGCAACACGCUGGCCGUGUUCGCGCAGUGGAUGCCGGAGCUCGUGAGGCAGGUGGAGGCGGCCUUCAGAGCGAGGCAGUUCUCCAAGAGGCCGGUGGGUCCGCUGGGGGCGUACAUAGAGACGAAGGAUGCCACGUGGAAUGCUGCUAUCGAGAGCUUCGUGAAGUACGGCUGGCUGACCAGCUUCUGCUGCAACAACUCCGAGGACGGCCGAGUGCUGGACCGCAUCAUGGGCCAGGUGGUCCCUCGCCACGGCUCCAAGCCCAUGAUCGUCAUAUCUGCCUUCCUGGACCGGGUGCACGAUGUGUCGGCCAACAAGGUGUGCCACCCCACCCACAGCAGUCUGCUGGACAUGCUGAGGAUCAAGGAGGCGGUGGUGGCUAACUGCCUGAUCGACAACCUGGAGAUAGAGCGUGUGCUGCUGGUGCCCACGGACCGCGAGGCGUGUGCCCUGAUGGAGCGCCGGGAGAGCGUGCCUCACAACUGCCGCCGCGCCGUCACCAAGCGCGGCUACGAGUACCUGCACAGCCCGUACCGCUCGUACGGCCCCGCCAACAAGAACCUGCAGGCUCGCUUCCUGCAGGUCUCCAUGGACCAGCACGAGAGGAACCUGGAGCAGGAGGCGGAGGAGCUGCGAGGCAAGCUGGCGCGGGCGGACCAGCAGCUGAGCGAGGCCGCUCGCAAGCUGCGCUCCCUGCAGUCCCUGCUGGAAGACAACAGCAAGCAGCUGCGCUCCGUGACCAGGCAGCUGCACGACUCCCGGGCGGCCAUCGACCAGCUGUCCUUCGAGGAGCCCCAGGCCGUCAGCGUGGACCACCUGAGCCGAGAGAGAGAGGCGUGCGUGGCGGAAGUGGAGAAGCUGCGCCGGCAGCGGGAGACAGUGUUGGAGGCUCAGGAGCCAAUCAAGAUGCUGGUGGACCAGCUGAAGGUGCAGCUGGAGAAGACGGAGCGAGGAGUCGGCGACCGCCUGUCGCCCGUCUCCAUCAAGGCGGAGAUGGAGCGCCUGGAGGAACAACUGCGCGGGCUGCAGGCGGACGCGGGCCACAGGACCCGGGAGGUGCGGGAGGCCCGUCGCAGGUUCGAGUCCCUGCAGGGGCAGUUGCAGGCGCUGCAGGAGGCUGCCGGCCGAGCUCUCCAGCAGGCGAGAGACAGCGGUCCACGCAUCGAGGUCACCAGGAGCGCAGAGAGCUUGCAGCAGGAGCUGAACAGCUGCCGUCGCUACAUCGACGGGGUGGCUCAGGAGCUGGGAGACUUUGAGGAUAUCCAGCGCUCCUACCUGGCCUACAAGAACAAGUUUGGCGAGAUACGCUCCACACUCAGCACCUUAGCUUCCAAACUGAAGGACACGGAGGAUCGGCUGAAGCUACGGGAGAAGGUACACGAGCGCGCCAAGCGAAGCUUCUCCACCAGCAUGAACUACUGCUUCAUGUCGCUGCUCAACAGCGCAGACUUCAAGGGAAAGGUGAGGAUCAACUACCAGGAGAAGACUCUGGCGCUGGAAGUGCAGCCGCCCAGCAACAAGGCCUCGGGAGAACAGUGCUGCACCGAGUCACUGUCGGGGGGCGAGCGCUCCUACUCCACCGUCUCCUUCAUCAUGGCGCUGUGGCAGAUCGUGCGCCCGCCUUUCUACUUCCUCGACGAGUUCGACGUGUUCAUGGACAAGGUGAACCGCAACACCGUGCUGAAGCUGCUCCAGACGUAUGCAGACAAGAACAAGAGCUCGCAGUACAUCCUGCUGACGCCCCUGGACCUCGCCUCUGUCAACACGGCCAACACUCACGUGUACAAGUUCGACGACCCACGGCCGUGAUCAAGUUGCUUCUUGGCGUUGACUUUGUGUGUGUUCAUUGAUGUUUGCCUUUCCAGUUUUGUAUUUUUGGAAUUUCUUAAAAUUGAAGCAAUUUCUUACAAUGUGUAGUUAUUAUAUUAGACACAUGCAUAUACAUAUAACAUUGUCAAUGUGAAUAUUUUGUAAUUGGUUAUUAAAAUUUUGAAUUGUAAAUAAAAAAUUUUAAAUACAAA